AUGAAGAGGGGCGGCGGCGGGGGGGAUUACGGUUUCGCGGACGAGGUCGCUAGUUCAAGGCGCAUCCGGCGGCCGUGGACGGGUCCGAUGGGCGACAUCAGUGCGACGCCCGACACGGGAUCUCGACCUCCCAUGGCCCCCCUUCCUGGCAUCGUCGUCUGUUCGUCGUCGUCCACUCCACGACCCGGGAGGAACGGACGGGGAACCAUCAUCGCCGAUACCACCUUCAGGCUCUAG